CUCUCUCUCUCUCUCUCUCUCUCUCUCUCUCUCUCUCUCUCUCUCUCUCUCUCUCUCUCUCUCUCUCUCUCUCUCUCUCUCUCUCUCUCUCUCUCUCUCUCUCUCUCACUCACUCACUCUCUCCCUCUCUCUCUUUUGCAGUAUGCAUAUUCGCCAGGGAACCCGCGAACCGCUCACGUCCCCCAAGUGUACUUUACCGGGCAGACGCCAUCCCCUAAAGAGUCGCGGAAAGUGAAAUUUGAUGUGGCAGGCGGACCGGAGGCGCGCGUGCUCGAGAGUCGGAACACGGCGGAAGUCCCGAGUGGCCGCAGCGCGGGGCAGUGCAGGAGGUGCAGAUUAUUCGGGGCUGCCGCUCUCCUCUCAACGUGGACAAUCAUGCAUGUGCUCUUGUGGGGGUUAGGCUUUCUGCUGUUCCCGGAUUUCUUGAAUGUAGUGGCAUCUACGGGGAGAUUGCUUUUGAAUUCGAGCAAAGAAAAAGAGGAGAUUAGCGUUUAUGAGAUUGUAACGCCGGUGCGAGUAAAUGAAGCCGGUGACAAGUUUCCCACAAGUGUGCACUUCAAGAGGAAAAGGCGAAGUUUGGACGAGAGCGCCAACAAUAUUACGGAUCAAUGGGCCUCGCCAAAUAUUCACUACAGGAUAUCUGCUUUCGGACAAAACUACCACCUCAACCUCACGAUCGAGUCGGGAUUUAUCGCGCCGCUCUACACUGUGACAAUACUUGGAGUACCUAGAGGAGGUAACAUAACGGAUUUCUCACCAAAUGGGGAGGUGGUGGAAGAGGAGGAGGAGGACACGGAAUUAAAACACUGCUUCUAUAAAGGACACGUGAAUGCGCAAACUGAACACGCCGCGGUCAUCAGUUUAUGUUCGGGACUGCUCGGCACUUUCAGGUCUCCAGAAGGAGAGUAUUUUGUGGAACCCCUUCACAGCUAUGAAGGAGAGGACUAUGAAGAAGAACACACCAAACCUCAUAUUGUGUACAAGAAGAGUGCACCCGAGAAACAAACAUCUGGGGAGGACUCAACUUGUGACACUUCAGGACACAAACACAGAUAUAAGAGGCACAAGCUGAGGAGAAGGUCGGCAGCAGGGAUGACCACCUUAUCCAGCCCAUCCCCUGUGGUUAGCAGCAGCCUGCUCAGUGACUUGGAGACGCUCAGUGCAGGGCUAGUCAGCGAUGCCUUGGCCAGAUCAGAGAGAAGCAGUGCUAGCGCUAGACCAUCAAAUGAUAGCAGCGGCGACUCAGGACCUCACAGGAGAUCAAAGCGCUUCCUCUCCUACCCGCGCUUUGUUGAAGUCAUGCUUGUGGCUGACAGUAAAAUGGUGGAGCAUCAUGGCAGCAAUCUCCAGCACUACAUCCUGACAUUAAUGUCAAUUGUAUCUUCUAUCUACAAGGAUCCCAGCAUUGGCAAUCUGAUUAACAUUGUGAUUGUGAAGUUAGUCAUUAUAAACAACGAGCAGGAUGGUCCUGUCAUUUCCUUUAAUGCGCAGACCACUUUGAAGAACUUCUGCAUUUGGCAACAGAGUCAAAAUAUUCUGGAUGACAGCCAUCCCUCUCAUCAUGACACAGCCAUCCUCAUUACCAGGCAGGACAUCUGCAGAGCAAGGGAUAAAUGUGACACCCUGGGGCUUGCAGAGUUGGGGACAGUGUGUGAUCCUUACAGGAGCUGCAGUAUCAGUGAAGACAAUGGGCUUAGCACUGCAUUUACCAUUGCCCAUGAACUUGGCCACGUGUUCAACAUGCCCCAUGAUGACAGCAACAAGUGUAAAGAGGAUGGAGUCAAGAUCCAGCAAUACGUGAUGGCCCCUACACUUAACUACAACACUAACCCUUGGAUGUGGUCCAAAUGUAGUAGGAAGUACAUCACCGAAUUCCUUGACACAGGGUAUGGCGAGUGCUUGCUCGACGAGCCUGUUUCUAGGCCGUACAGUCUCUCUCGGCAGCUGCCCGGACAGAUAUUCAAUGUCAAUAAACAGUGUGAAUUGAUAUUCGGGCCAGGGACACAGGUGUGUCCUUAUAUGACCCAGUGUCGCAGGCUGUGGUGUGCCAGCACAGAAGGGCCCCAGCGGGGCUGCAGGACCCAGCACAUGCCCUGGGCAGACGGCACCGAUUGCUCUGCAGGAAAGCACUGCAAGCACGGCCUGUGUAUAACCAAAGAGCAUGAUGCCACACCUGUGGAUGGAGCGUGGGGUGUGUGGAGUCCAUUUGGCACCUGCUCACGGACUUGUGGCGGGGGCAUCAAGAUCGCUGUGCGCGAGUGCAACCGACCCGUGCCCAGGAAUGGUGGGAUGUACUGUGUGGGUCGCAGGAUGAAAUUUCGUUCCUGUAACUCUGAGCCCUGCUCUAAGCAGAAGAAAGACUUCAGGGAGGAGCAGUGUGCUGCUUUUGAUGGCAGACACUUCAACAUCAAUGGUCUACCUCCUAAUGUGCGCUGGGUGCCCAAGUACAGCGGAAUACUGAUGAAGGAUCGGUGUAAGCUGUUCUGCCGGGUAGCUGGAAGCACUGCCUACUAUCAGCUCAGGGACCGUGUCACUGACGGCACACCAUGUGGACCUGAUACUAAUGACAUCUGUGUCCAGGGCCUGUGCAGGCAGGCAGGCUGUGACCACGUGUUGAACUCCAAAGCUAGGAGGGACAAAUGUGGUGUGUGCGGUGGUGACAACUCCUCCUGCAAAACGGUGGCGGGCACCUUCAAUAUCGUUCGCUACGGCUAUAACGAAGUGGUGCGAAUACCCAGUGGUGCUACAAACAUAGAUGUGCGUCAACACAGCUACUCAGGAAAACCGGAGGAUGACAACUACCUCGCUGUUUCAAAUAGCCGUGGAGAGUUCCUGCUAAAUGGAGAGUUUGUGGUCAGCAUGUUCAAAAGGGAAAUCAAAGUGGGAAACGCAGUCAUCGAAUACAGCGGGUCCGACCACGUCAUAGAGAGAAUCAACUGCACUGACCGCAUCGAGGAGGAAAUCAUUGUCCAGGUGCUAUCGGUGGGAAACCUCUACAAUCCAGAUGUCAGGUACUCCUUCAACAUCCCUAUAGAGGACAAACCCCAGCAGUUCUUUUGGGACGCCUACGGACCCUGGCAGGAGUGUAGCCGUGUGUGCCAAGGGGAGCGUAAGAGGAAGAUCCUCUGCAGCAGAGAGUCAGACAGAGCAGUCGUGUCAGACCAGAGGUGUCAUGGUACAGCCAGACCAGCCGUCAUCACCGAACCCUGCAACACUGAAUGUGAACUCAGGUGGCACAUUGCCCGAAAGAGUGAGUGCACGGCCCAGUGUGGUUUGGGAUACCGCACCCUGGAGAUCUACUGUGCCAAAAUUAGCCACAUAGAUGGCAAGACCCAAAAGGUUGAUGACCGCUAUUGUAACAACCAGCGCAAACCUGAUGACAAGGAGGGUUGCCAUGGAGACUGUAACCCAGGUGGCUGGGAGUACUCCGCCUGGUCGGAGUGUUCCAAGAGCUGCGGCGGGGGCACCCGGCGUCGAAGUGCAGUGUGUGGGAAAUCUGCCGAGGGCGGGACUGACGAGAGCAAAUGCAGUCAAAGGGACAAACUGACCGUCCAACCCUGCAAUGAAUUCCUCUGCCCACAAUGGAAGACGGGCGAAUGGUCUGAGUGCCUGGUGACUUGUGGGAAAGGCUACAAGCACCGCCAGACAUGGUGUCAGUUUGGAGAGGACCGUCUAGACGACCACUUCUGUGACUCGUCCAAGCCUGAGUCAGUGCAGACGUGCCACCAGCAGGAGUGUGCCUCCUGGCAGGUCGGACCCUGGGGACAGUGCACUACCUCAUGUGGGCCAGGCUACCAGAUGCGAGCAGUUAAGUGUGUAGUGGGCUCUUACGGAGCCGUCAUGGAUGACACUGAAUGUAACGCUGCCACGCGGCCCACCGAUACUCAGGACUGUGAACUAGCCCAAUGUCCCAGCAACCACCCUGUUCCACCAGGGACAAAAGUCCCCUCCAACCAGGGCCACAAAACCCAGUGGAGGUUCGGCUCCUGGACACAGUGCAGCUCCAGCUGUGGAAAAGGGACACGGAUGCGCUAUGUGAGUUGCCGUGACAAUCAGGGUGGGGUGGCAGAGGAGUCGGCGUGCGCCCACCUGCAAAAGCCACCUGCCAGGGAGGUGUGCUCUGUCGUGGCCUGUGGACAGUGGAAAGUUCUGGAAUGGUCCUCGUGCUCAGUAACCUGCGGCCAGGGAAAAACCACACGUCAGGUGCUGUGUGUCAACUUCAGUGACCAGGAAGUAAAUGCCAGUGAGUGUGAUCCAGAUGAUCGUCCCAACACAGAGCAGGAUUGUGCCAUGUCCCAAUGCCCUUCCCGCUCCAGCGACUCCAGACCUUACCCGUCCUUGCCCAAUGGCAACAGGAACCCUUCCCGCACACAAGCCCACCAGUGGAGGACUGGGCCCUGGGGCGCGUGCUCCAGCACAUGUGCUGGGGGCUUCCAGCGACGCGUGGUGGUGUGCCAGGACGAAAACGGCUACUCUGCCAACAACUGUGAAGAGCGCGCCAAGCCCGUUGAGCAGCGCUCUUGUGAGUCAGGACCCUGUCCACAGUGGAUCUACGGCAACUGGGGAGAGUGCACCAAGCCAUGCGGGGGAGGGAUAAAGACGAGGCUGGUGGUGUGCCAGCGUCCCAAUGGCGACCGCUUUAACGAUCUGAGCUGCGAGAUUCUCGACAAGCCGCCCGAUCGCGAGCAGUGCAAUACUCAUUCGUGCCCGUCUAGCCCUCACUGGAGCACAGACCCAUGGAGCUCGUGCUCGGCCUCCUGUGGCAAAGGGUUCAAGUACCGCAAAGUGAGCUGUGUGACCCGGUCGGGCCGUCCUGUCCUGGACGAGAACUGCCAGCACCUGUCCCCUAAGCCCAGCAAGCAGAGGCGCUGCCGAGGGGGCCGAUGUCCCAAGUGGAAGACUGGCAACUGGGGAGAGUGCUCAGCAUCAUGUGGCAGUGGCAUACAGCGACGUGAGGUUUUCUGUCAGAUUGGAGAUCAACGAAGUCCACAGGAAAAUGACUGCCGUCAGCCUUCCCGGCCGGCCUCCAGCCAAAUCUGCCGGCUCGCUGAUUGUCCCUCGCAGUACCGGUGGAGAGAGGGGGAGUGGCAGCCGUGCAGUAAAUCAUGUGGUACAGGCCACCAGCGACGAGUCAUACACUGUGUGGACCACAACAAGGAUGAAGUCCAUGAGAUGUACUGUUUAAACCUGAUCAGACCUCCUGAGUCAAAGAGCUGCAACACCCACACCUGUGAGUUUAUCUGGAUCACAGGCGAGUGGACUGAGUGCUCAGCCAGCUGUGGUCAGGGCUACCGCCGGCGCCUGGUUUCCUGCAGUGAGGUCCAUGCAGGGAAUGAAAACUAUGAGUACGGCCAUCAGUCUUUGUCAAACUGCCCUGGGACUCCCCCUGAAAGCUACAUGCUGUGUAAUCUGGACCCAUGCAUGUCUCCACAGGAGUGGAGGGUUGGAAUCUGGGCACCAUGCUCGGUGAGUUGUGGGGAUGGAGUGAUGGAGAGGACGGUGCAGUGUGUGCUAGCAGAUGGCCAGGAGAGCAGUAGGUGCCCUUCCAACACCAUGCCAGAAGCCAUGAAAGCUUGCAGCAAUCCCAACUGCCAUUUGCCGGCUAGCUGUGCAGACAUCCAGAGGAUGAACGGCCCACUCCCAGAUGGAGAACACUUUAUCAGUAUUCAAGGAAAGGCGCUCAAGGUAUACUGUGCAGGAAUGCAGACGGAAAGGCCACAGGAGUACAUCACCUUGAGGACCGGAGAAGGGGAGAACUUUUCAGAGAUCUUUGGCUUUAGAUUGAUUGACCCCACCCAGUGUCCACCCAAUGGCUCCAAAAGAGAAGACUGUGAGUGUCGCAGAGAUUACACUGCCGCUGGCUUCUCGGCCUUUUCCAAAGUGCGCUUAGACGUCAGUAAGAUGCACAUCAUCACCACUGAUUGGCAGUUUGCGUUCACCCGAGAGGGCCACAGAGUUCCCUUCGCCACAGCUGGAGACUGCUACAGCGCUGCCCGCUGUCCACAGGGGCGUUUUAAGAUCAAUCUAUCAGGAACAGGUUUGCAGGUGGCCAGUGACACCAGAUGGAUCACCCAGGGCAACUACGCAGUGGCUGACAUACACAAAUCACAGGAUGGCAGCAGCAUAACGGGAAUUUGUGGCGGCUACUGCGGCAAAUGUACUCCGUCCUCAGGCUCUGGCCUGCCUGUAACGCUGGCAUAGUCCAUCAAACAGUUCUCUUCAGGUGCUCAUCGUGUCAAGACGUCCCUCCUUUUCCAAUGGGGGCUGCAGCCAGCUACAGGCUCAAAGCUGUCCUUCAGACGACCUCUUUCCAUCAGUUGUGUACAUAGUGUAGAUAAAUACGGUGUAAGUACUGUACAUAACAUGGUUAAAAAAAAGAUUAAUUUAUUAUACUCCACAUUUAUUUUUGUAUUCCAAGAUAAUUUAAGGUUUGUUCUCAAGAGCAAAUACCGACCAAUAUUAUUUUUGCCAUUCAUCAGAUUACUGCCAAAAAUGUGCUUUUGAUUUUGGAUGUUUGCCAUUUGGAUUUAUUACUUUGCACUUAUUAAGAUACCAUAUGUUCUUUUUUGGACUGAUGCAGUAAGUUGUGUCUAAUUCAGUGAUGUCAUUGUCAUAUUCACCCAUUUUCUCAUGCAGUAAGGUGUCUCCAAUCACAUUGUCUGUUUUUAACCUUCAUCCAGCAGAGGUUUGCUGAGACAUGCAGCUAUAAAAUAGUUUCAGGAUAGUUUGUUUUUUUUUCAGGAUAGCUGGAUAUUUUCUCUUUUUUUUCUAAUCUUUCAUUUUUCAAGAGUCUUUGUCAAGGGUCCUUCUUGGAAAGUGUCAGAUAACUCUCAGAGUCACAAGCUACCCUCUCCAACCUGUGGGUAACAGUCACCUCAGAUUUGUCCUGCUAGCUCGUCUAGCUAUUUUCACUGUACUGUCAAUCUAGUCUUUUACGGCAGCAGCAUUGCCACAAUAACAACUUGAUCUAAGGAGGGGUAUUAAAUACGACGCACCCUUCCCUGCUCUUCUCUUGUCUGGUUUUCCCUUUUUCGACACAAUCCUGUAGUUAUGGUUUAUUCGUAACAGAUCAGAUUCAAACUUGGGUUUCCCCUAAUGGCAGAGUAAAGAUUGACCCGUCUACACGACAUGUUUUCUCAGCAUCCCUUCCAGCACUUUCCUUAACCGUCACACGCAGGCCAUUUGCUAGCCCCCUGUAGGCGAGAGUGAACCAUGGCCUGUUUUUGUUUUUUGUUUUUUUCCACGUUUUGUUUUCAGGAGAAAAUUCAUUUGUAUUUGUUGGCUGAAGAGUGAGUUGGACAAACUACCCUUAAGCAAUACAUAGAGGGCAGACAUUUGAGGGAUACUGUUAAGUUUGUUUUUUGUGUGAGAGUAAGUUAAAGAAAUGCUUUUUUUUUAUGAAGAAUGUCGGUCGAGUACGAGAGAGUUGAUGGAUGAUGGCAAGGAAAACAAAGUGAAACUGAAAGAGAUUUAGGGUUCGCUCAGAAGUUAUGGUGCUUUUUUAAAGAAUUUCCUUGUGUGUUAAAAAGUGUGCGUGCAUGUGUGUCAGGGGGUGUAGUAUUAUAAUUCGGGAGAUGGUCACUUAGGAAGAAAGUGAGACACACUCCUGCCACUGGUAUACAAACACACGCAUAGGUGCACACGCCUCCCUGUUAUAGAGGCACACAGCAGAGACAGACACAGAACUCACGUGUGCACGUGCAACACGAGUGUGCACGGUGAAAUCAUGCGUGUGUGCACUCAGUUACACAUACGUAUACACUGUUAGAGCAAGAGGAGGAACUUCCAGUCAUAUGCAGCUAGACUUCAGAGUCACCCCCCCCCCCCGUGCUUGUUCAUAUCUUUCAAGUAGAGAGCAUUGGGAGAGUCAUUAGCUUUCAGCGAGCUGACAGGUUAGCAUAGCUAGAGCCACAUGCAGGUAUUGUGUGUCCACCUCAGGCGAAGGACGAUACACAAGCUACUGCAGGAAUACGCUGCACUGGGCUAGCCCCGGACACCCCUACCGAACCGUUACAGCUACACAACCCAGCCAGCGGGUUGUCCGUCCAGAUGCCGCCCGUAAAGAGACGUACCUCCUGUAACCUCAUGUCUUAUCAUCCACCUCUUGUCUUCAAGAAUCUGUCCCCCGCCGUGGAGCGUGUCUGUGUCCACAUUCAGAACGUUUUGAGCUGUUUUUCUUUGUGACAAUAUCAGGGUACGUUUUGUGUGUACAUAUAUACUUAUAGUGCUUAUUUUGUAUUUUUAAUCUAAUGAUGUGCAUUAUAUGAGUUUUUUUGUGGUCUUUAUUAUCGGAUGCUUUGGCGUAAACAAGUUUAGAGAUUGAAGUGAAAAAAAUAACUGGUUUAAUGACGUUUCAAUACCUGCUCGAUGAUUUUAUAUAUAUAUAUAUAUAUAUAUAUAUAUAUAUAUAUAUAUAUAUAUAUAUAUAUAUAUAUAUAUAUAUAUAUAUAUAUAUUUUAGCUCCUGUGUGUUAUUUGUUAGUUUUCAAGAGAUAUGGUAUUUUCUCCGAAGUUGCACGUCAACAGACGAAAAGGCCAUAGUCGCCACUGUGAGCUCUUAAGAAGUGGUGCGCUCCUCUCAGUGCCUUAUGACCGUGUACCUCCUCGGGUGUCAUCACACAUGCACGACUCAACCAAAGGGAAUUCCACAAUGUAUGUGAAGAUGCCAGCCCAGUAUGUUUUAUUAUGUGAACAGAGUUUUUUUCUUCUUCAUAUAAACCUGACAGCUGAUAAAUGCUCAUUUCACUGUGAGCGUUGGAAUUUUGUUAAAUUCAAGGAUUUCUCAGGUGCCUCAAAUAAAGGGAUUAUAUUUAUUUAGCUUUCUUAUAUUAGCUGUCUUAUUUUGGAUAUGUACCACGUGUGUAUUUGUAAAACCAAUAUGUUGUCAUUAUUAAAUUCAAGAGCUUAAAAGCAUCACAAUAUGUUGUUUGUCUUGUGUGCAAAUGUGUAUUUUUUUAACGUUUUAUAGUUUGCACAGGUUUUCGUCACACACCGGCCAUCGAUAACAAUGAAAUAAUGUCGUAAAAAAACAAUCUCCCUCUCACCCUU